AUGACCUACCUCAAGGAAGCUAGACUAAUAUUACAAAAAACAUAUUUAAAGUCUCAAAAUCUUUGCACUAUUACAUUAAAGGAUGUGGAAGAAUUUAAUCAUGUUAACUAUCAUUGCGAACAAACUCUAAGCGUUGUAAAAAAUGAACUAAACAAUAUAUCUAUAUUGUUUAGUUCCAAACAUGAAAUAUUGUACCAACUGGUUGGUCAAGAAAGUAGUAAACGUAAACGUCGCGGUUUAAUUAAUGGUGUAUCUUAUGCCCUAAAUUGGCUUUUUGGUACUCCUGAUGCGGAUGAUGCACAAUACUAUACAGAUAGCAUUAAUAUGUUAUUAAACAAUAACAAACAAACACAAACUCUAUUGAAAUCUCAAAUUCAGGUUAUUUCUGGUACAAUACAGAAUUUUAAUCAAUCUUUAGCCUCACUAAAAACUAAUGAAGAUACUAUGAAUAAUAACAUAAAUCGUAUCAACAAAUUCAUGACCCAAACAAAAUUAUAUAUAUCAAAAUUAGAAACACAGUCAUUAAUAGGACAACAAAUUGCAAUGUUAUUAUCUUUAACUAAUUCGAUUUCACAGGAAUAUAAUAAAUACAUAGAAGCAAUAAAUCUCGGAAGACAUAAUAUUUUAUCACCAUUAAUCGUGACACCUGAAAUUCUGUUGAAAGAGUUAACCAGUUAUAAAGGGGAAUUUGAAUUAGUAGUAUCCCCCAAUCUCAAAACUUUACCAAUAUUUUAUAAUAUUUUAGAUUUGCAAUUAAUUCCGUCAAACGACCUUAUUAUAUUUGCUUUAAAGUAUCCACUAGUAUCAAGAACGUUAUUCGAUCUUUAUCAUUUAAUUCCACUUCCCGUUCAAUUCCAAAAUUCUUCCGUUUUCUCUUAUAUCUCUCCAAAACAACCCUAUCUAAUUAUAUCCCAACCCAAAACUCAUUUUUCCCUCCUGCAAGAUUUAAAAAGUUGCAUUAUGUAUCUGGAUGGGAAAUACGUUUGCAUGGACGUUCAUACAAGGACAUCAGCUGAGCAACCUACCUGUGAAGCCCAGCUGUUAUCACCUCAUAUAAGUAAAAUUCCGGAAGACUGUGACACGAAGACCAUCAGGGCCAACAUUGAGACAUGGACAUAUAUCCAAAACAACCAUUGGAUUUAUAUUUUGCAAAAACCAACAACCGUGACAAUUCUUUGCCAGGAAGGUAAGGACUACAUGGAGGAUAUAGUCCUACACCAGACAGGUAUACUGUCUCUAGACAGUCAAUGCAAGGGUUACAGCAACAUUUAUCUCCUGGAACCAACAAAGCAGACAAAGAAGAACGUCACGCAUUUUGCACCACCGAUUAGUAUAGUGGACAGUGAUUGUUGUGUUGUAGAAAUGGACAAAAUUAAAAUUGAUUCAACACGUUUGGAACCUAUAAAAUUAACAAACAUAGACUUAUCCGAUUUUAAAUACGCUAACAAGAAACUAAACGAGUUCGAUCAAAUUUUAACCAAAAAUCUGAACGAGCCAUUUAUUGUUACGCACACUCGGUGGUAUACAAUCACGGUGGGAGUAAUUGCCGCCGUACUUAUAAUAAUAAUUUUUAUUAAUUGUUGUCGUUGGUGUGGUUGUUUAAAAUUGUUGAAAAGAUUUUUCUGUGUCACGAAAAAUCCAAACGAUGGGGGAACUGUACCCCCCAUGAUAAAAAAUUUUAUUAAUUGCAAUUUUGAUUCGGACAUACAUAGCGAAUAUCGGGAAUCAUCAAGGGAUGUUGUUACGUAUAGUAAUAGAAGACGGACUGCUGGUACGAGCUCAACGGAUGAUCAAGAAAGCGAGGAAAAUCAAACACCACCACCCAUACGCAGUCCUGCAGGCGGAAAUUAUUAUAGAGGGAAAUUACGCAAAAGCACUACACCAAUGUGAUUAUAAUUAAACAUAAGCAAGUCCAAGCUAAUCUAUAUUCCAAAUCCCUAGAUAGUUAUUAGAAGACCCGCAUAUUAAUCAAAUUAGUUUAAGAAUCAUUUGUAUUGUUUCGUCGUAAUUAUAUUAUUAUUUAUUUAUAAACAUGUUUACAUUUGUACACACACUAUUAUCAGUAGUAUAUAAGUAUUAAAGACUAAUAUAAUAUGUAAUUAACGAUAGCAACGACCUCAAACAAGCUAUUCAAUGCUAAAUUGAAUUCUAACAAAUUCAAAUUUUUUUUAUGGGGGAAGUUGUUGGAUGACCUAUCUUAAACAAAUAAUAAGUCAUAGCCAAACCAUGACUCUCUCGAUGCACAACAACAAAAACAGCGUACAUCCACUAUUAGUCAUAAGGGCUAAGGUUGUCCUCCCCCACUAGAGAGAGGAUAUAUAUAUAUUGUCACUGACCACGGGUUUGUGAGAAAGAGUCCAGAAAUUGUAGAAAGAGUUUAGACAGAGAAUCAGUUUUGCUGUAAGUUAGCAAGGAGGUCGUUGUUUCUAUUCUUCACACGAUUUUCUG